CUCUCGCGCUCGCCGGCACUGCACGCCGCGGCAGACAGCCAGUCUCAGCUCGGCGCUCGACCAGCACGCAGCGCAUCUCUCGCACAGCCAGUCGCCUCGCUCGUUCCACCGCAAGCACGCAAUUGCGCAGGCGCCAGAACGCUGCUCUUUGGGGACGUGUACGGGGAAAAUCAUUAUGCUCGCCGACGCGUGAACAGCGGCACAGCGCACACGCACGCUUUGUACACGGGCGGCGAGCCGCGCCACGGAGACGGACUUUUGUGCUUGUCGGUCGUCGGCCGCUGCGCCUCCGAGCGAAUUUCGUGCGCGCCCUCCGUCGCCACACGCACCAGCAGGAGAGCAGCACAGGCAGGCGGUAGGCAAGCCGAGCUGCGUGUGCUAUGAGGCAGCGAUGAGUUGUAGCGUUAAGAUAUCGAGCAAGGCUUGGAGUGCCAGCGCUGCUGGUGGCGGAAUGUCGGCGAGUGCCAGCUGCCCGGCUAUCGGCCAUCAGCAGCAGCCUGCGCCGAGCGCCAGGCAGCAUCCCUCGUCGUCGCCGACUCCCGCUCCGCUUCUGCUGCACUCGCCCAGCAAACAUCAGUUCAGUCCGCCGAGGCUGCCGUCCUCCUCGUCCUCCUCCUCCUCCUCCUCCUCGCUAUCGGCCGCCAAGUCGACUCUGGCCGCCAAACGAGGCGAGGACGCCGGCAAGUUGUUGAGAUACAUCGACGACAACGUCGUCGGCAAGAAUGGCACUUUUCUCGGGCCCUUCGGCAGGAGGAAAGUUGUUUACUGCGAUUACACGGCUACUGGUCGGUCAUUGCAAUUCCUCGAAGAAUACAUCAUCAAGGAAGUAUUGCCGUACCUCGGCGACACCAAAGCCUCCACCACGAUAUGCAGCCUUCAGUCUUCGCUCUUCAGGCACGAAGCACGAGACAUCGUUCGCCACGCGGUCGGAGCUGGCGAUCAAGACGCAGUUUUGUUCACUGGCCAAGGCACUGCUGGAGCACUACGGAGCUUACUCAAGCACUUGGAUCUAGCCAGUCCGACGACUGUGUUUGUCGGCCCAUUCGAGCACCACGCGAAUCUCAAGCCGUGGCGCGAGCACGGAGUUAGGCUGGUAAGGGUGGACGAAACGCGCGAGGGAUUUCUGGAUUUGAACGACCUCGAGAGGAAGAUAGUGAAGGAGAGAACGGAGAAUCCUUCAGCCAGGCUGAUCGGAUAUUUCAGCGCGGCCAGUUGCAUAACUGGAGUUCUCGCUGAUGACGUUGCCACGACCUUGUUACUCAGACAACACGGCGCUCUCAGCAUCUGGGAUUAUACAUCGGCAGCACCGUACGUGAGAAUGGAGAUGAAUCCAAAUCUACCAGGAGUAGGCGAGACGACAGUGCACAAAGAUGCAAUGAUCUUUGCGGGGCACAAAUUCAUCGGUGGCGCACAGUCGCCCGGUGUCUUAGUUGCCAAACGCUCACUGCUCGGCGAAGAUAUAAGCCCGGAGGAUAUGCGCGACUCGCAUCGUUAUCUUCGUGAUCCAGAACUGAGAGACGAGAGUGGCACUGGCGGUGUCGUGGAAGCCAUCAGAUGUGGCCUUGCUGUUCAGCUCAAAGAGAACGUGACGCCACCAACGAUCGCUAACAAGCAGGACAAGAUUUCAAAACAAGUGUUGGCGCAUGUGCGCACAAUACCCGAGUUGAUCCUGUUGGGCUGCAGCUCGCAAAAUGUCAAGAGACUGCCGACAUUUUCAUUCAUGGUACGUCAUCCCCGGGGCACCUAUCUCCAUCACAAUUUCGUGUGCGCCAUCCUGAACGACGUAUUCGGGGUGCAAGCUCGGGGUGGCUGCGCUUGCGCAGGUCGAUACGCCCACGACUUGAUGGGCAUUGAUGAGAAACUCGCCAAGGAGUACGAAGCUCUCCUACUUCAGAGUGGUCAAAAUGACAAUUCUCGGGACGAGACGAACGCCGAAACUCUGCGUCCAGGUUUCGCACGGCUGACCUUCCCGUACUUCAUGUCCGAGAUGGAAGUGGCGUUCGUAUUGGAAGCCUUGAAAAUGGUAGCGACAGAGGGCUGGAAAUUGCUGCCGCAAUACAUGUUGAACCCAGAGACAGGGGAAUGGCGACACCACACAAAUAGUGUAUUCAAGGACCGUCGCUGGCUCGGCGCUAUACGUUAUACCGACGGUCGCAUGAGCGCCUCGGAGCGUCGUAUUUCUGGCGCUGGCGUUUUUCCGCAAAGUUACAGCGAUUGUCUGCAGACCGCCAGGAAUAUCUUUAACAGGGCGAGAAAGAUGGCGCAGAGGUGUCCCAUGCAGAUCGACAGGAGCGUGUUCUUCGACGAGAAGAGCGAAAGGCUAAGAUGGUUUAUGCUACCUCACGAGGCUCAGGACUUGUUACUUGGCAACUCCCAGAAGGUCAAGCAUAAUGUGCCCUUCGAUCCAUCCACCUACAAACUCGCCUUUCUCGAAGCUUCUUGCUUCGGCAUCCGCAGGCUAAACAGCGACGUGCCGCGAUCGGGUAACGCACCCGUUUCACCAAGCUCACCGCGACAUCGCAGUCUGCCGGCACUGAGCUGCCCAACGGAUUUGCGACGCGCGCGCUGUUGUCAGAGCUCGAAGAGCACGGAUAUCGACGACGAGGACCUCGCGAUAUGUCCUGCUACGUGUCCCGGCUCGCCAAUGCCUAGCAUUAGAUUUGCCGUUGGAGAGGCCGUCACUACCGCUGCUGUCGGUAUACUUGGCUCGAGUCCAACGAAGUCACGGCUUGUCUCUCGCGAUCAACCAUCCAGCACGACGACGACGUCGACGUCAACGAAUGGCAGCAAGACAGCUGUGGAUAAAUGCAACGUCGACGGUCCGUACAUAGCUCGGGCGAGAUGCAACUCGUUAGGGAGCUCGUCGAGUUGCCAGUUGCGCAGGGGCUCUGGUGUCAAUGUCAGCUCGCCCGUGCCUAUACCAUUGAGUCCACAGACGCUGGCGAGUCUUGGCAUCGCCACGGCCAACUCGUCGAGGCACAGACACUGCAGUUGCAGCAGCCAGACCGAACUGAAUGGCUCGCUUGAUAUCGACGCCAACGGGAGUCCUGGAAGGUCGGCUUCGUCGCUAGGACACGUGCCCGCUACUUCGCCUGGCUCGUGCUCGUCUUCCUUCGAUUCGGUGAUGAACGGUAACCGACUUGGCAGAUCCUCGCCGAUUCUCACGCACAGUUCCGAGGACGAUUUGCGCGCCUAUCUGAAAGAAGUCACUAAGGAGCUUGCCACGGAAAUCAAAUCCGAAAUACGCGAGGUCAUAAGCAAAGUGGACGACGCGCUGUCGGAAAGCAGCGGCUGCGAGACCAACAAUAACCAUCAUGCCGCUAAACAUCAGGAGAAACAGCAGAGCGGUGAUUCUUUCUCGGCGAGCGACAUCGCUUCCUACCUCAUGAGCUUUUCCAAGGAGAUGGCCAGCGAGGUCAAGUCUGAGAUUAGGUGCAUGGUCAACUCCGUGGAUGGUUUGCAUAGAUAUUCACCCGACGAAAAGUCAUCAUCCGGCUGUGCAUCACCUCAUCGCACGACGUUACUCCACGAAACGCCACGUCCACGUACUCCAUUGUUAGGCGGCAAAUUAGCGUUGCAACAAGACAGCAAAGUAUCGUCGGAGUGUUCAUCCGACGAAACCGUCAUCUACGUGGUAAAAUCGGCGCCAUCUCAUAAGAGUGACGACGACGAGGAGGACGAGCGUGAAAAGACAUUGCCCAAAAUCUAUUCGGCCGUGAAUUCGGUUAGCUCGCAAGAUAGCGGAAUCAACUUGUCUUUCCAUGACAGCGACCGCUCGGUCGACGAGCUCGCGAGAAGCAGCAGCACCGAGUCCAAUUCCAGCAUGAGACGACCGAGAAAUACUCUGGGCCUUUGCAAGCAGCCGAGAGCGACAAACGACGAUCUGUCCGAGGACGACGAAAUAUUUUUCUCGGCUUCGCACGAAAAUUCCAGCGAAGGUGAAGAGCAAUCGUGUGGCGGCCAAUGGCACUGUCCACCAAAAAAUAUUUGGAAACCAACCGUCGAGGCUAUGCAGGAGUUCGACAUGGUCAAGGAUGCCGAUCGAGUACUUUUGUGUUUGGCGCCGAAUCCUAAAAGUUCCAUAGCACUUUUGCACACGUUGCACCAGUACAGAUUCUACGCGAGAUCCAAGGGUAUCGAUUUCGAGAUUGGCGUGUCGAGUAUCGGCAGUCACAACGAUCAUCCGGUAAAAGCUUAUUUAGACGGACUAAGUAUUCCGUACUAUAGCGUGCCGUUCGACAAAGACAGCAAAGUUGAUGAGACUGGCUCGAGCACGAGUUUUUGCGCGAAAACCAUUAGAGCGAAACUCUAUGUCGUCGCUAAGGAGAACAAUUACAAUGCGUUAGCUGUGGGGCAGAAUUUGGAUGACUUGACCGACGGUUUCUUGAGUUCGGUUUUCAAUGACGGAAAGUUGAAGACCAUGAAGGCGCAUUACUUCAUCAGGGAGCAGGCUCUUCGAGUUAUAAGGCCAUUUGUGUAUGUCAGAGAAAAAGCACUCAAGCAGUUCAUCGAGAGCAAAAAGCUUCCUAUGUUUGGUGAUGUGCCUGCUGCUUCGGAAGAUGCAAUUCAGAAAAAGAACGAGGAUCUAAUGAACCGACAGGAGACAACGUACCCUCGUGUCUACUGGUCACUUCGUUCAGCCCUUCGUCCUUUGAUAUCCGCACAAACAAACCUCGAAAACGAGCAACCAAAGCGUCAGUUGCAGCCACAUCGUCGUCCUCGUACAAAUUCGUUCGGUGCUCUACCGAGCACACCGAAUCAUCAUCACCAUCAUCACGGCGAUGAAAACAGCGACGAAACAGACGAAGAGCCAGUGGUCACGUGAAGUAGUCCUCGCGCCAAUCAGCGGCGAAGUUUCUUUGCCCUGAGACGGCGGGACGAGUUUUUGGAUUAAGCUCUCGCGUAAAGCGUGACGAUUAAACAAUUGUCUUUCACCUGCCCUCUUUUUCUAUUUCAUUGUACAUUUUUCAUUCGCUUUUUUGUACUUUUUCUAUGCGUGUUUUUACCAAGGACCCCCCGCCCAGCCCUUGUUCGUUUUCUCAAAGUGACGCGGUACUCUCUCUUGCGAGGACACGUUACCUGGCAGUUUUCCGUAUCGUCAUGAUUCUCCUUCGAUGCUAUUCUGUAGCUUCUUAUACGGUUUGCGUGAUGCGAGCUUUGCACAAGAAAAAGAACCUUUCGCUGUCAAGAGUGCAACCAUUAAAACGGCCUUUGCAAAGGCUUGAUUAUUUUCUUUUCUCGAUCGUUUCUCGUUUGAGGUGAGGCAAAACGCCGAUACGUUGCAAAAACGGCGAAUAAUCGUCGUGGCGCGUCUGUAAAUACAAAUAAUUUAAGUAAGUUCAUCGCUCGAUGGUUGCUAAGAUAAACAGUAUUCGAGGCAUCGAGCGCGUACACUGAUUUUCGAUGUAAAUAACCGAUGCUUUGCAAGCAUGAUUGCAUAAUCGCGCUUCUUUCUCCCCCCAUUUGACAAGUUGCGCUGCAAACGCACGCGCUCGGUUACAUGCGGCUGUGGAUAAAGUCUUGGCUGAAAAGAGCCUCGCGCAAAAUCAUUCGAUACAUCUCUUUCACGUUGUUCAUUGCUUUCAAAACAUUGCGUGUAAUCAUGUGUUUACCUUUUCCAUUUUUUUCUUUUCUUCUGCUAGUGCGAAUGUGCGUAUGCGCGAGAGUAUGAUGAGCUCGUGCGGAUGUACAUGUAGUUUAUAAGUGAUAUUUUAAAAGUAUACAUAUAUAAAGAAAAUGUACUAAUUAUACUCCCCUAUAUUUACUGAUAUAGAGUUUCAAUGUCAUUCGUCAUGUUUUUCUUUUCUUUUUUUUUAAUUUUUAUACAUUUACUUUAAUAUUUAUACGAUAUUUUAUCUUUUUCGCUGUUACUUGAUAAGAUUUAUUGUGUCUUAUGCUGGAGAAAAUUUCGUAGAAGCAUAAAAUAUAGCAUUUUAUCGAUAUAAUACAAAACAUCAAUGAAGAACUGACGAUAAAAAUAAACGAAAGAUUACAUAAAUGACCAAGCAUGAUUGUGUAGAUGUAUCAACAUAAUCCUGUGCAUGUUAACAACGAAUUUUCUUCCAAAUAUUUUAUUGUAGACUUAUGAAAAAAGCAAAAGGAAAACAUGAUUUCAUUUUCAAAUGAAAUAUAAUAGAUGCGCAUACUAGUAAUUUAUAUAACUGUAUAAACGUUGUUCCACUUACCUGCUUUCCAAAUGGGCCACGCGACUUUUUUUAUAUUAAACAUAUAAACCAUAUAUAUGUGCGUGUACAAAAAAAAUCAAAAAAUUAAUUUUAAUCCAAAAUGUAGAUGACAGAAAGAGAGAGGGAGUGUGCUCGCGUGUGUGCGUAUGUGUGUGUGUGAGAGAGAGAGAGAGAGAAAUGCGAAUGUAUUUUUCACGCGACUCGUGCGUUUGGCGGUCGAACGAAGUAAAGGAACACUCGAAAAACAAAGACUAAGCCUUCGAGUAAUUAAGACAAUUAGGACCUGUAUAUUGUUAUUUGUAAAUCGAUAAUAAUUAUAUAUAUUUAGGAUAUAAAUUUGAUAAGGAAAUCGAAUUGUGAUCAUGAAAAACGCUUUUAAGUUCCGCUUCGUUGGAUUGUCGCUGCGUAGUGAGUCCGUCAAAAGUUGUGUCAGAUAAAUUCUACAAGAAAAUCAUUCACGAAUUACUAUGGAUAGAUCUUAUAUUUUCUGAGAGUUAUGAGAGUACUAAAUUGUUAUUGUAUAGAUAUGUAAGUUUAUUUAUCGCUAAUAAAAACGGUCUUAAU